CAAUCUACACUGUAUCGCGACGAGAAAACAGCGGUUGGUGCUUGCGUCGCUAUAACCUAAGGAUAGAAAAAAAAAAGGGUCCCGUUAGCAUACUGAUCAAGCCGCUGAGCUCCUCCACAAAGGGAGCUUUGGUAUGAGCGUGUAUAGGCAGAUAUAUCAGGAUGGAGGGUACGGGCAAGAACGUGGGCAAGGAGCGAGAGGACAAGCCCGCUGGCACAAUGAGAGGCUUGCCCGAUGUUGUUGCGGAGGAUGUGGAGAUCGGAAAAAGAACUGUGGCAAACUUCGAUGAUAGCGACCAAAAUUCUAGGCCGUCCGCAGCGUGUCUUCGCCUAAUGAACAAGACAAUGAUGCCGUAUAAUCUGGUCGAGGGGAGUGCAGGAUCGCAAUUGUAUCCGUUGCGAUACCGUAAAGACCCGUAUUUACCAGCGAUAAACAUCCGCAAUCUUGAGAUCGAGGUAUCAAAAGGUUCCGCGCCAGGAGAAACCCGCCGGGCAAGGAGUGAUGCCCCAGAGACGGGCGUCGGUCAUGAAGAGGCGGAAAGGUUUGACGUGUUCGGCAACGGCCGAACAAAGCUCUUGCAGGGAGGCCAAAUCAAGGCCAUACAGGCAGCUUUGGACGGGCACCUCUUCAGACACAGCCGUUGGAGUGGCCCGGGCGAUACGUCCGUUACUAGGAUUGUGAUGCACGCCAUCGAGAGAGCAUGCAAACUGCCCGGGGCCCGGCAAGGUAGUGUUCGGUGUCCCAUCUCUUUCUUGCCCCCACACACCAAAGAUCAAACGGGUGAGGGGAUGCUCUGCGGUAGGGAGGUCAGCAGCUGGCCUGAGUGA